AUGGCUACAGAAGACGACAUCGAGAAAACACAGCCCGGCAGCAGACAGCCUUCGCAUCUUGAUGAUGAAUUGGGCCCCGGAGCCGCUACGCUCCAUGCCCAAGACGGCUUUCAACCUCCUGACGGGGGUCUCGUUGCUUGGUCUCAGGUCUUGGCUGGGUGUUUUCUCAACAUGAUGGCUUGGGGAUACCCGUCCACGUUUGGUGUAUAUCAGCUCCACUACCGGGAUACGCUCAAACUACCCGAUGCUCAGAUAUCGUGGAUUGGCUCUUUGCAAGUCUUUCUCGCCUUUGCCAUGUGCGCGUUUUCAGGGAGACUGGCCGACGCUGGGUAUGUGAAAGCGACCAUUGCGGCCGGUUCAUUUCUAAUCGUGUUCGGGACGUUCAUGACGAGCCUGGCCUCGGAGUAUUGGCAGAUUUUCCUGGCUCAGGGGUUGUGCACGGGAUUGGGCUUGGGCGCUAUCUUCAUGCCUCCCUUGUCGGUUAUCAAUUCGUACUUUAAGUCGAAGAGGUCUUCAGCCAUGGCUAUCUCGGCAACCGGGACGGGUCUUGGGAGUGUGAUAUUCCCCGCGACGAUCCAAUAUCUGAUACCCAAAGUCGGCUUUCCAUGGGCUGUCCGCUGCGCUGCCUUCGUGGCGCUGGUCAUAUCGGUUCUCGCGUUCCUGAUGUUGAAGCCGCAGCUGAGGCCUAGAAGGUCCGGGCCACUUGUCGAAUGGGACGCUUUCAAAGAGGGCCCCUACCUGCUAUACACGCUGGGUGCCUUCCUCUUUUUCUGGGCAUUAUAUUUUGGCUUUUUCUAUAUCAACGCAUACGCCCGCAAUGUCAUUGGCUUCUCCACGACCGACUCGGUCCAGCUCCUCCUCAUCACCAACGGCAUGAGCGUCCCAAUCAGGCCAGUAGUGGGCUACCUGGCAGACCGGCACGUGGGUCCGAUCAAUCUGUACGCGUUCCAGACUUUUGUCCUUGGCUGUAUGAUCUUUGCUUGGACCGGCGUGACCACUCCAACCGGCAUGUAUGUGUUCUCGGCCUUCUUCGGUCUGGCAAACGGAGCGGCGCAGGGCGUAUUCGGCGGGGCGUUGGCCAGCUUGACAAAGGACCCGAGAAAGAUGGGUACCCGGUUUGGCAUGGUCUGCACCCUCGCGGGAUUUGCCACACUCGCAGGGCCGCCGACAGCCGGCGCCAUCAUUGACAAGUCCGGCGGUCGCUAUCUGUGGGCUCAAAUAUGGGCAGGGUUGGUGAUUGUGCUGGGCUCUCUGACGCUCGCGGCAGCGCGUUGCGCCGUAACGGGAUUCAAAUUGAAGGUGAAAAUCUGA